ACUAAAACGACAGCGUUAUUCAUUAAAACAUUGUCUUGUUUGUCGAUUUCAAAAUUUAGUUAUUACAUUUCAUAAUAAUUCUACAUUUGAGAAAAGAAUUCAUUAUCAAAUUCAUUCAUAAAAAACAAUCAUCAAAAUGUCUUCUUUGACUAAACCAAAAUCUGAAAUGACUCCUGAAGAACUAGCAAAAAGAGAAGAAGAAGAAUUUAAUACUGGGCCACUUUCAGUAUUGACUCAGUCUGUGAAAAAUAAUACCCAAGUUUUAAUUAAUUGUAGAAAUAACAAAAAAUUAUUAGGAAGAGUAAAAGCAUUUGAUAGACAUUGUAAUAUGGUAUUAGAAAAUGUAAAAGAAAUGUGGACUGAACUUCCACGUACUGGGAAAGGAAAAAAAAAGGCAAAACCAGUAAACAAGGACAGAUUUAUUUCAAAAAUGUUUUUAAGAGGGGAUUCUGUUAUUCUAGUACUACGAAAUCCAUUAGCAACAGCGUCAGGAAAAUAA